UUUCCUCAUAUUAAUGGGGGAAACUUCAACCACACCUCAGCGAUCUGGGAAACACAGAGUCAUUUCCACCCUCAGCUUUCCACACAAGAGUUGCUUCACUCCAGCCGCUCACUGGGGCUCUCGGUUUCACCAAAGAUUCGUCUGUAACCGCUCUGCCUCGCAUAAACCCCACAGUCCAACAGGAUCAACUGGAAAUCGGGGACCUAGAAUAACUGAGGGAAUAAGGGGUCUUGUGUGUGUGUGUGUGUCUAAAUAUAUAUAUACUUAAAGCAGAGACCUCAGCAUUCUCUCAGUGAUCAGGACAGAGGUUUUUGGACGAGCCACGGCUUAUAUCACUGAGUGUUGAGGAUUAGAUUCUCUCUCUAUCUUGUCUCUAAACGGCCUGCAGGGUGGCGAGAGAGAGGGGGGAACCCAACCGGUGCAUGCCGGAGAUGAGUGCGUUCUGGCAUAAGAUCGGCUGCUGCGUGGUAGCCAAACCUCCUCCGAAAAAGAAACGGAGGAGAAUUGACCGCAGCAUGAUUGGAGAACCCACAAACUUCGUUCAUCUGACACACAUAGGCUCUGGCGAAAUGGCAGAUGGCAUGCAGCCGUCUGGCCCAAUGCAGGAACAAAUGAGAUCCAAAGUGCCUCACGCUAAUGGACGAAACAGCUUGUUAUAGCCUCUUCACCAGUUUUUACCCCCCCCCCCCCAUAAAGCUCCAUAAAGUGUCCACAGCAGAACGUGUCCGGCUAGCAGCACCGCACCAAUGUAGGAGGAUGUAAAGACCGCAUCUCUAUCGCAAAACACGACAACCUCCUUGCUGCAGCUACCGACUUGGACGCCACCUCUGCAGGUUUUUUUUAAUCUUUUGGAUCUUCUGGAAUGUCUCAGUGGAGACGAUUGUGCCCUUCUUUUACUCUAAGACUGUUAUUACAUUUGGACCGGAGUGUAUGCGAACGCCUGACAAAGAGUGUGAAUGUGCGACGUGUGCGUUUGACACACUGGCUGCGCUUGCUGUGGAAGAGGAAAGGCUCUUAUCACUUUAACACAGGGGACUAUUUGACUGCCUUCCCAAAGUUAUAACUGGCGUGUUUGUCAUAGUCUGUCGUUGAUAAGGAUGUGCGCGAGUGUGUGUGUUUGCUUUUGUUUUGUAAUGAAAAUAUAUGUGCACCUAUACCAUUAUAGUGUCUCCAACUGCUUGUCUUUAACAGUUGCACAAAUGAGUGUAUUAUACAAAGCCCUCUGGUAUGUGUAUAGUAGAUGAAUAUAGUAUGAAAAAUGGCUUCUUCUUCUUUUUUUUUUUUUCUCUACAUUAACACAUAAUGCAUAAUGGCCUUUGAAACUGGUUUUAAGGAAUAAAAAUACUCAUCCACCAAGUCAUUUCAAACCCAUACGCUCUUAAAAGGUGCUUCAAGAUGCUGUAGAAGAACGUUUAUGUCCAAGUGGUUCCAUAAAGAAACAUCCGAAGAGCAUUUGUUAUUUGUGACCAAAGAACUUCUUCUGAUUAUAAAAAGGUAAGAAUGAGAUGAUUCUUUGUGGAACCAAAAAGGGUGCUUUUAUGGCAUUGCUGUGAAGAACCUUUUUAAGCACCUUUUUAUUGCCUUUUUUGGUAUUUAUUCGUACAACAUAGUGAUAUACUGUAUAAGCUAUAAAACAUAAAAAGGACACCAUCAUGGUGUGUAAUGUUUUCAGGAUUUGCUUCAUGUGAGGAACAGAAUAAAUGAAUGUCACUAAUCACUGAUAAUUGUCCCCUCGAGUGAACUUUUAACUUGAGAGAAGCAAUAAUAUGGCUUCAGACCAUUUGGAUUUUUGAGGACUUUUUUUUUUUUUUUUUUUUUUUUUUAAUAAUUAUUUUAGGGUCCAACAGGUAGGCACUCAUAAAUCAACAUGAAUUUUUGUUUUUUUAAUGACGAGGGGUGAGUAAAUAUUUUUUUUUUUUUAGGUAAAUUAUUCCUUUUAAUCGUUAAGUAUUAGAAAAGGCCAUUAUCUGUUAAUCUGAGUGGAGACUUUGACCGGCAGCGAGCCACUGCCCUUUGUCAUUUAAACAUCACACUUAGUGUCACUUUCACACAUCAAGCUCCACCCCACACCGCCUCAAACACACGCUCUCUGUUUCCAAUCCUCACAUGGCACCAUGAUUAAAUCACUGAUUCUCACACAUACACACACUUUGUAUACUUUUUACUUUGCUCUGUACUUUUUUUUUUUUUUUUUUUAAAUGCAGCUCGAUGUGGCACAGAAUUGGGCUGAAAUGUUAAACAAUGUUUUUUGCUUGUAAUUGUGAUGUUUUAUUUCAAAUGCAUUGCUUUGCGAGAUCCCAGACUGUAAUUUACUUUGUGUUUGCUGUAAUUUGUUAGGACAUGUCAUAGGAAAAUAUGUUGAGAUUGUGCAUGUUGCUUUAGAAAUCCAAUGUUUUAGAGUAUUUUUAGUGGACUUGCAUUUCAUUCUUAGCUGACGGUAUAGAGAAACGUGCAUCUCCUCCAAAGACCUCGACAGCUCCCUUAAUUUAAUUCUACAUGUGGCUUGCAGAUUUUCUCACUUUCUGGUUUUAUGUGACUGUUUGGCCAUUUUUUUAAGUUUUUUUUUUUGCAAAAGCACUUUUUUGUCUUUACUACUUUUCCUUUUAUUCUAUACUUUUUUUUUUUUCUUCUUUCUUUUUUAAAGCAUCUGUUAGUCCAAAUUAUUGUUUUGGUUUAAAUGGGAGCAGUAAUAGUGUUCUGUUCAUAUGGCAUGGUGUUAUGUUGAUGAAUCCUCUUGUUGUGUUUGGUUUGUAACAAUACAGUUGUACAAAGAGCAA